CUUGAUUUUUUAAUUCCGUGUUUAGAGCCUUCACUCAAUCGACCAUCCAAAAUUUCCAAGUCGCAUCAUAUAAUAAUAUUUCCCAAUUAUAAAAUUCUCAUGUUUCCUGGAAUUGGUCAUCUCUAAACGGAAAUCGGGGGAGCUGUACAGUGUAUGCAGAGCAGCCUGGAUUCCGUUGACUCAAUGGCGGAUACGGCGGCGGCGGCCCUGCUGCGGCAGUAUUGCUGCCACAAGUGUGGAAAUAUUGUGUCCCGUCACGACGAUAUUGUUUCUAAAGACUUUCAGGCAACCAACGGCAGGGCUUUCCUCUUCAGCCACGUGACCAACGUCACCGACGGUCCGGAGGAGGAGCGGAUGCUGCUUACCGGUCUCCACACGGUGGUCGACGUUUACUGCUCCGAUUGCAGGGAGGUGUUGGGUUGGAAAUAUGUUUAUGCGUUUGAGGAAUCACAGAAAUACAAGGAGGGGAAAACAGUGCUUGAAAAAUUCAAGAUUUCCAAGCAAAAUUGGUAGCAAAUAUAGCAAUUUAGUCAAUUUCUCACAUUUCUGUUUAUGCAAAUUGUACGGCAAAAUUUAAUUUUAAUGAAAUAUUGGUAUUUAGGGUUUCUUAAACUCCAUUGUAAACGCACUAGGCCUUCGGCCAGUGAUCUCAGAUCACCUAUUAAAUGCAUUUAUCUCUU